UCUUCUCAUUGAAUAGUAAGGCAAAUUAAAAGAAAAAAAGAAACAAAAAAAAUAGCAGUAUAAAAAAGAAUUUUUGUCUCAAGUCACUGUGAAUAUUAUAGCAGCAGCAGCAGAAAAAAAAAAUAAUAAAAAUAAAUAUUCAAAAAUGACUCGAGAGGUGGUCAAAUUAGCACAAAAGUUCAAUAAUUUUUAUUUAAAUGGUUUUCAAAAAGGUGAUAUAAGACCAUUUUUAGUAGAUGGUCAACAAGUCGGUCUAAUAAAAUCUGAAGUAUUAAAACAUUUAAAAAGAUUCCCAGAAGUUUUUUGCAUUAGAAAAUGUGAAUAUUCAAAUCAGGGAAUAGUUGAAUUAAAUCCAGCAUUCAGAGAUUAUGGCGAAAGAACUGAAAAAUUAGAUAAAGUUUUAAGGCAACUUAAAUCAGAAAAUAUUUUCACUGCCCUAAGUGGAUGGAGAGAUGAGUAUUAUGAAGUUAAAUCGGCACAAUCUGUAGGUUUAUUAAAAAUGGAUCGUAGCGCAACAUGUUUAUUUGGUGUAAGAAAAUAUGGUGUUGAUAUAAAUGGUUAUGUUAAGCACCCAACUCAAGGACUUUGUAUUUGGUUACAGCAACGUUCAAAUACUAAAGAAACUUGGCCUGGUAAAUGGGAUAAUAUGGUUGGCGGUGGUUUAUCGGUUGGAUUCGGUAUUAUUGAAACCGCUAUUAAAGAGGCUGCUGAAGAAGCAUCAAUUCCAAAUCAUUUAAUUAAAAAUUUAGUAUCAGCUGGUUGUGUUUCAUUUUUUUUUGAAAGUGAUAGAGGUUUAUUUCCAAAUACCGAAUAUGUGUUUGAUUUAGAAUUACCAAUUGAUUUUGUACCACAUAAUUCUGAUGGUGAGGUUCAAGCAUUUGAAUUAUUACCAGCAAAAGAAUGCUUAGAAAGGGUAUUUUCACCAGAAUUUAAAACAACAAGCUGCCCAGUUGUUAUAGAUUUUAUGAUUAGGCAUGGUUUUUUAACAUCAGAAAAUCAAUUGAAUUUUACACAAAUAGUUGAGUUACUUCACGUUCCAUUACAAUCUUUAUAUACCUAUAACAGGUCACUUGAAAAUAAUGCAAAUAAUUUUGAUAAUAAAAUUGAAAACGGCCAUAGUAUUUAAAAAAAAGAAAAACAAAAAAAUCACAACAGAUUUCAAGAACAGAUAUUAAUUAUUUAUUAAAUUUUAAUAAACAUUUUAAUUAAAUAUGUAUAAUAUUCUAUGUUACAAAAAAAAAAAAAAUAUGUAUAUCCAGAGGACUAUUUCAAUUUAAGACAAAAUUAUACAAAUAAAUUAUGUAAUUAGACAUUUUGGUUUUUAAAUUAAAAGUUAAAUUUACUUAAAACAUGUAUAAUAUGCAUGAUUAUAUUAUAUAAUAACUAC